GCGCAUGAAUUAAACAAAAUAAUUGACAGCACGAAAUAGGAUAAAGGUUACAAUUAAAUUGUGAAAUGUGACAGUUAUAGUAAAUUGUGACAAUAUUGAAAGUAAAUUUAUUCUCGUUAGUUCAAAUGUAAAUUAUUGAUUAGCACGCAGCUCAGUAACAGUUAUUUAUGCAGUACAAAACAAAGUGAAUGAUGUAUAGAUCUACUGAGAGGUUAGAUUAAAUUCAGUAUGCAACAUGAAUAUAGAGAUAGCGCGUGGAGCUGGCUUGUUUUAUUUUGUGUUUUGUGCUGUCAAAUUCUUCUAGGUGGAAUAUGUUUACUCGGAGGAAUGUAUUAUAUUGUGUUUACAAACGCUCUGGGUGAAAACCCGGUAGAAAUAUCUUGGCUAUGCUCUCUUCCUGCAUCGAUGUGGUUUUUAGCAUCACCGGCUGGAAGUGUUCUCACUAAUCGAUAUGGCUACCGUGUGUGUUCCUUUGUCGGUGGUGUUCUGGCAGCUGGUGGUCUUUCUAUCAGCUACUUCGCUGUAGAUUCAACCUUUCUCUUCAUAUCAUAUGGUUUCCUUACUGGAAUCGGUCUUGGAAUAAACUACAAUGGUUGUAUGUCCGCCAUAAAUAUAUAUUUCGAUAAAUAUAAAACGUUGGCUCAUGGUAUUUCUUCGAUUGGAAACAAUGUUGGUUUAAUUCUAUUUUCGGAAUUCAUUCUUGUCCUAGAAGAGCAUUUUGGGUGGAGAGGAAUGCUUCUUAUACAGGGUGGAAUAAUGUUCAAUCUUUGCGCGUGCGCAGUUGUCAUGUUUCCGGUUAAAAUGGGCUCGGACAGAGACAAAAAUCAACAGCAAUCUCAUUCAGUCACUAAUUUAAGCAAACCAGUGAAAACAAGAUUAAUGAAUUUCUCUAUAUUAAAGAAACUUUCCUUUGCCUGCCUUUGUGCUAGUCAUGUCUUUUUCAAUUUUAGCUAUGGAGUUUUUAUAUUACAUUUACCGUCAUACUCUAGAGAUAUAGGCUUUGGCAAAAACGAUUACGGGUCUUUGUUUUUAUCUCAUGGAAUAUGCAACAUCAUAGGGAAAGUUUUCUACAGUUUUCUAGGGCAUCAUCCAGAAAUAAAUGUUAUAUUUGUGUACACAAUAUCACUAUUUGCGACAGGGAUUUGUAUGGGUUUAACUCCCGUACUUCUUACACGUACAGGCAUUCUUGCUAUAGCUGGUAUAGUAGGAUUUCUAUCUUGUGUUACGGGUGCUUUAAUCAACGCUGUCGUUAUCAAAAUAGUUGGAUUUAGGAGGUUUUCUGAUGGAAUUGGUAUGUCAUUACCAUUUAAAGCAACCGGAAAUAUGAUUGGUGGACCCGUUGCAGGGGCGUUAUUUAAAAGUACCGGAAGUUACGCAUUUUCUUUUUAUAUGGCUGGUGCCAGUAUGAUAUGUUCAUCUUGCCUGAUGAUAUAUCCAAUUGUUCACGAACGAACAAGUAGACGGACAUGUAAAGAAACAGAUAUUAAAAUUAUUAGUGAAAAAGAUCUUAGAUUUAUUGUAGACGACACAAUGGAGAGUACAGAUGUUGUCGAGAAACAGUGUGAGAGUGGACAUUUUCUAAAUUCAGAUAAAUAAAAUAGUAACAUAUAAAGGAAAUCAGAUAUAAGGCAAAUUAGAAUACAAUCAUCGGCAACAAAGAUCUUCAAGUUGGUACCUGAUUGAUUUGUGCUCUUUACGUGUUGCAUUGGUAACUCAUAACAAAAUUAAGUUUGCAUAUAAACAAAGCAUGUCUUUGCUCUCAAAAGAUUGAUAUUGUAUUUGGUUACUCACAACACAAUUAAGAAAAAACAUGAAACUGCAUGAUAUUCUUUAUGCUUACACGUUCUCACACAAGAAACAUGUAAAUUGGCAAAAUAUUCAAACAUUUAAUUUGCUCCUAUUUUCUGAUUUUUGCUGUAUAUGCUAAAAUUAACUAAUGUUGUAACCUAUAUUUACUUUCACAGAAAACGGAUUUUAUAACAUGACAUGACAUGAUAUAAUCUUUAUACUCAUUUAUUAAGCAAACUGACCACGGAGUUUGUUUUGGUCUUAAUUGCUCAGUAUACACAGUAUAUUUUGCUAAUUCAAACAAUUGUGGUUAAUGCAUAAUAACGUUUGUUUUGUAACUCACACGGUUGUAAUACAUGAUCUCUAAGAAAUAACAUCAUUUUAAAUGGUUAAUAAUUUCAGAAUAAUUGUAUGUUCCCAAUCUACAUAAGGUUUUGAUGUUCAUACUGAUAUACUUUUUCGGAUCCAUUGUAAACGUUAUUGAAAUGAUUAUUUUGCGAAUACGUUUUGAGUAUGCCAAUAUCAGGUUCAUAAAAUAUACAAUGACGUCAGAAUUAAACUUUAUUUGUAUUGCGUUGACUUUUUGCAUGACGUUUGUUAACAUAUGUUUUUAAAACAUGACGGACGGUUUCUUUUUUUAAUUAAAGAAGUUUUUAAUUGAUGGUAAAUACAACAUAUAUACAUAUAUAUAUGUAUAAAUUAUAUGUAAAAAAUUGUGUAUAGCGUUGAAUCAAAACUAUUCAUAUCAAUUAAAACAUUUUCGUUUCGUUGUAUUUCCUUUGAAUUAUUGUGUUGCUUUACGUUAUGUAGGUUCAACUAUUGAUUUAACGAAGAGUUAUAUU